AUGGCAUCUACACUGAGCAGACUAUCGUCGUUCACCUCAACCGUGGAGCAUGACAUCGCGCGCGUUGAUCAAGACAUCAGUGCUCGGGGAGAGAAGCUCCUCCAGAAAUGCCGUGAAUCGGUAAAGAACGGAGGACCCAUUGCUGAUGACAUUGCUACUGUGGAGGGUCUGGUCGACCUUCUCAAGCAUCCUAACGGCAUUGAUGAUCGUAAGAUGUUGCUCGAGCAUAUCCUUAUCUUCCUCUCGACGCAUUCUACGAGUGCCCUGGGAGCAGCAUUGUCGACUAAAGUCGUCGAACUCUUGUACAACGACCUUCCACAUCCUCCCCUGACAUACAUAGGCAACGAGUAUGCAUGGCGCACUGCGGACGGCUCGAACAACAAUGCCUCUGUUCCAGACAGAGGCAAAGCAGGUACCCCAUAUGCGCGGACUGUACAGCAGACGCAUCCACUCCCUCAGAACGAGUUGCCAGAUGCCGGUCUCGUAUUCGACACGCUACUGAGGCGGGAGGCCUUCGUCAAGCAUCCGGCUGGUCUAUCUAGCAUGAUGUUCUCAUUCGCUGCGCUCGUCAUUCAUAGCAUCUUCCGCACCUCUCACGAGAACGUUAACAUCAACGAAACGUCGUCCUAUGUAGACCUUGCUCCAUUGUACGGCAACAACCAAGAUACACAGGACAAGAUUCGAGUGCGCAAUGGCCGCGGUCUUAUCUAUCCUGAUACAUUUGCCGAAGAUAGGCUGCUCCUCCUACCGCCGGCCGUCUGUGUCCUUCUCGUUAUGUUCAACCGGAACCAUAAUUAUAUCGCGAAAAUGCUGCUCGAGUUGAACGAGCGAGGCACAUACGUCGAUCCUGACUUCAUCCCAUCAGAGGACCCUAAGCGUGCUUCGAUUCUUCUGGCGCAAGAUGAAGAGAUCUUCCAAACAGCGCGCCUGAUAAACUGUGGUUGGUUUGCAUCGGUCGUCUUCUCCGACUACUUCAGCGCGAUCCUGGGACUAGUACGGGAUGGCAACAGCUGGAGCUUGGAUCCAUUUGGAGAGAUCAGAGAUAUGGAUCACUCUUUGUUUGAACGUGGCAGAGGUAACGUUUGCAGCAUUGAGUUCAACUGCUUAUACCGCUGGCAUGCUACGACCUCGCAGCACGAUGAGCAGUGGAUAGAGACGCUCUUUGGUAAAUUUUUCCCCGGUAAAACAUGGAAUCAGAUUUCAAUCUCAGAUUUCAAGAAAACCGCGAAGGACCUGCAGGCAUUGGAGCCUGAUAUCACUCAUUGGACGUUCGGAAGCUUGAAGCGUCAAGCCGAUGGGAGUUUCAACGAUGCAGAUCUCGCUGCCAUCAUACAGACAGCGACCCAGCAUCCGGCAGCCGCCUUCAAAGCUCGUGGAACUCCCCACGUCAUGCGCCUGCAUGAAAUUAUGGGAAUUGAAUCGAACCGGAAAUGGGGUUGCUGUUCCCUGAAUGAUUUCCGGCAGUUCAUUGGGCUGAAGAGAUAUUCAAGUUUCCUUGAGUGGAAUCCGGAUCCAGAAGUUGCAGCUGCCGCCGAGAAAUUGUACGGCGAUAUUGAUCGCCUAGAGUUAUACGUUGGUUUGCAGGCAGAAGCCGCGAAGCCCGUCAUGGAGGGAGCAGGCUUGUGUCCAUCGUACACCAUCAGUCGUGCCAUUCUCAGCGAUGCCAUUGCUCUUACUCGAGGCGACAGGUUUUUCACCGCCGAUUACACUCCGUACAACCUGACCUCCUGGGGCUUCGCUGAUUGCCAGCGGGACCCUGAUGCCCCAGGAUAUGGCAGUAUGCUCGGCAAGCUGUUCCUCCGCACGCUGCCCAACCACUUCACAAGUGACAGCACGUAUACCUGGUUCCCUCUCAUGACGCCGGAGGCCAUACAGACGGUCUUGACAAAGCUUGGAGACAUCCAGACUUACAGUCUCGCAAAGCCUGGGACAAUUCCGCCCUUGCCGAAGUUCAACCAGUACUUGGACGUGGCGAAGGUGCUUGGCAACCCGGAUCAAUUCUCUGUACCAUACGCGAGCCGUGCAGGACGUGUGGUUACUGGACAAGGCUUCUUCAUCGCCUCAGAUGAUCCCGCUCGGGCGAUAAAGGAGCAAAGCGCCAUCGUUGGCGUGCUCUCUCAGUUCUCGGGCAAGAUCAUGGAGUAUUUCUACCAGAAGACGCAGCUUCUCAUGCAGCGCGAGUCAUACACAUCGGUUGGGACAUCGACCAGGAACGUUGAUAUCGUGCGAGAUGUCUUGAAGUACAUCCCCAUCCAUUGGGCAAGCUCGCUGGCCGGCAUUCGCCUCAAGGCAAAAGCGGACUCGAAAGACGGUGACUACACGCCACAGGAACUAUUUGACAUGCUAUCCGAUAUCUAUUCAUUCCUGUUCCUGGACGUCGAAGCGUCAAAGCUUCUCAACCUUCAGCGAAAAGUGAAGACCGACAUUGACAAGCUGCUGCAGCUCAUCAAGGCAGGUCUUCGGGGCUCGUCGCGCCUGUCGAUCAUCGGAGUUGUGGAGUCAAUCGCGGAGAUAUUCCUCGGACGGGAGAAGAGCGACAAGGAUGAGCUCAUCGAGAGCUUGACCCAGCUUGGUUUUCCAACGGAUACCCUUGCCAAUUCCAUCCUGGCGGUGUUGGUCGGUGCCACUGUGGAGAUGUCUCAAUCUAUCAUCCACGUCGUCAACUUCUAUCUGGAUGAGAACAAGCCGAGGGACGUGCAGAGCCUGGCAGCUAAGAUCAAACUCAGCCCGAAAGAUGAGAACGCUCUGGGAGGAUAUGUAAGGGAGGCUCUUCGCCUCGAUCCUCCGUUCCGUGGUGUAUACCGACAAGCCGUACGCACCGUGACCCUCGGCAAGCAGGCUGUCCCGGCCAAUACCACGAUCCUCUUGGACAUUGCUGACGCAAGCCUUGAUGCACACGUUUUCGUUGACCCUACCUCAGUUAACCCAACUCGAAGCCCAACCGAACGAUACCUAGUUGGCGACGGAUCUGCCAGAUGUCUCGGCACCGAGCUGUCCACCAAGAUCAUUGGUGAAGUUGUUCGCGCAGUCUUCGAGGCCAAGCAUAUUCGCCGUGCUCCGGGACAGUCAGGCAUGUUGAAGAGGUUCAAGACCGAUCUUGCGAAGACCAGCACUUACUUGUACCUGUCAUCCAAACAGGAGUUGGUUCCUUGGGCGUCCUCGAUGGCAGUGCAGUUCGAUUGA